CCGAAAAGCAAAUUUCGUGUCGAGGACCUUUCGAGAGAAGGGUGAAGGCGCAUAUUGUAAAUUGUACAAUAGAAAUUUAUAACUGACACUUGUACAGUUUUAGCAAUGUCUACUCCAGCACGAAGGCGACUGAUGAGGGAUUUUAAAAGACUUCAAGAGGAUCCUCCAGCUGGUGUUAGCGGUGCUCCGUCAGAAAACAAUAUCAUGGUAUGGAAUGCAGUGAUAUUUGGGCCAGAAGGAACUCCCUUUGAAGAUGGUACAUUCAAAUUGACUGUAGAAUUCACAGAAGAAUACCCAAACAAACCACCCACAGUCAGAUUCAUCUCAAAAAUGUUUCAUCCUAAUGUAUAUGCAGAUGGAAGCAUAUGUCUUGACAUACUACAAAAUCGUUGGAGUCCAACUUAUGAUGUGUCAUCAAUUCUUACCUCAAUCCAGUCUUUGCUUGAUGAACCAAACCCUAACAGUCCAGCUAAUAGCCAAGCAGCUCAACUUUACCAGGAGAACAAACGGGAGUAUGAGAAGCAUGUGUCCGCUAUUGUUGAGCAGAGCUGGAGGGACAGCUGACCAUACACUGCAGAGCAUAGAACUUUGUGUGAUUGUAGUUUAGUUGAGUGAAUUGUGAGGAAGUUUUUUCUCUUUUUUUCCCCCCUCUCUGUCUCACACACCACUCUCAUACGUUCUAAUGCUCUUUAAUGAAAAUCCGUCCUUUUUCCCUUGGAGAACUUGUGCUCAGCCAAUAUCACCUGGUCAUUUUCUGUUCAAAAAGUGACAGACAUGGUGUCAGCCCAGAAACCUGGACUAAAUUAUGAUAUAUCCAAGGGCCAUUUUUUUUUCCAAUCAGAAUUGAAUGGACAAGGUGCCAGCCUGCCAUCCUUGGACUAUCCAUGUCCCAAUUGGAACUGAUGAUCCUGUUAUGCUGUUUUUGUGUGUGUUCUGUUACAUGCCUGAAAGUGUGGUUUUUUUUUUUUCAUUCCAUGUGUUAUUGAUUGCCUCGUGUACUAUAUUAUAAUAAUACACUUUGAAUUUCGUGUACAGGAUCUGAGUAUAAU